UAUACUUUUCAAUUCCAUGACUUUAUAAAUAGCCUAAUAAUCAACACUUGCAUGCAUCCAAAUUAACUCAGAAAAGAAACACCGAUGAUGGAGGGAGCUUUUAUUUCUACCAAAGAAGAGAAUAUUGAUUUGAACCAAAUCACACUCCGACGACCCUUUCAUCUUUCAGACCUUGAUGAUAUCAUGGUAUGGACAACUGAUGAAAAAGUGGCCAAUUUCUGUUCUUGGAAACCUUACACAAGCAAAGACGAAGGCGUCAAAUUCAUUGAAACUAUACCAACCAAGUUUCUAUGGUGCAAAGCAAUAUGUCUAAAUGAUCGCGCUAUUGGACGUAUUUCUCUAAAAUCAAGAUCACCACAUGAUAAAAGCAGGAACAAAACUGCAGAACUUGGUUAUGUUAUAGCCUCUAAAUAUUGGGGUAAAGGGAUUGCCACAUGUGCUGUGAAACAAGUUGUUAAGGUUGUUUUCAAUGAACUGUCACACUUGGAAAGGGUUGAAGCUUUUGUUGAUGUUGAAAAUGUUGGGUCUCAGAGAGUUUUGGAGAAAGCAGGCUUCCAAAAGGAAGGAGUUCUGAGAAAGUAUUUGUUCAUGAAAGGAAAGAGCAGAGACAUGAUCAUGUUCAGUGUUCUUUUUAGUGAUAUCAAACUAUGA